UCAAAUGAGGUGUCAAGGGCACAAUGGUCAGAGAGACUAGGCACCUUUGGGUCGGAAAUUUGCCCGAUAAUAUUCGAGAGGAACGCAUCAGGGAACACUUCAAACGAAAACAAACUGAAGACAAUUUACACUUGAAGAUGGCCAGACUACCAGACUACCAAUGGUAUGGCCGCGUGCAAAGCGUCAAAUUCUUACCGAGGGGCGGCAAGGAGGAAACGAACACGUGCACGGUGGCAUUCAUGGACAUCAAGAGCGCGUCCAUGGCGCACAAAACCGAAAAUAAGCUGGACGACAGGACUCUGACCACGGAGUACUACGAGCCGGCCGCCAUUCCGUCCUCAACGUCGCCGCCGAGCGCGGCUGUCCCUUAUGCCACCGCCACACCAUCCACGACCACCACCCCCAGGUUUCCCAACGGUCACAGUUCCGCCGAAGAAUUGGGUGCCGAUAGGUUCUAUGAUCGCGGCACCGGCACAAGACCGCCACCGGAAGCGGAGUAUAGGAGGCCCGGUUACCACGACAACAGUCGCGGCAGGAAUCGGGACCGGAGUUUCCGUAACGGACCGACGUACGUCGCCCCGUUGGAAAGGCACAGGCCCUCGAAUAACGCCUGGUCCUCUACAUACGAUACAUCUUCGACGAGGUAUACGACCAACAAUCAACCCGCCGAUAUUGGUGUCGGCAGUGGAGGCGUCGUCGGCGUUGGAAUCGUCAGCAGUCUCAUCCUCGGAGGCGGAACGGGAGCUAGCAGUGGAGGCGGCGGUGGUGGCAUCAGCAGCGGCGGAGGAGUCGGAGGUGGCUACAGCACUCCGGCUGACGUCAACAGCAGCGGUAGCAAGGUCAUCGUUCCAAAGAAGACGACGACAACGACGACCACGACAUCGACGACGGCACCGGUGGCGGCGUCGGCGACGAUUGGUGGUAGUCGAUCUCCGUCUCCAUCGGGUAGCACGUCUUCGCGGUCGCCAUCCAGAUCUCGGUCCAGGAGCAGUUCGAGCAGUUCCAGCAGCACCAGUUCGAGCGGCAGCGGCAGCCGAAAGUCCAGGAGGCAGCAAGCCAGCGGCAACGCCGUCGUUCACUCGGACGAUCGUAGGCCGCUUUCGAUUUGCGUGCGGAAUCUACCGCUGCGAUCAUCCGACACCUCGCUGAAGGAUGGCCUCUACCAUGAGUACAAGAAGCAUGGUAAGGUGCGAUGGGUAAAGGUGGUCGGUCAGAAUUCCGAAAGACACGCGAUCGUCUGCUUCAAGAAGCCCGAGGAUGUCGAGAAGGCUCUCGAGGUGAGCUACGAAAAGUUUUUUUUCGGCUGCAAGAUCGAGGUCGCUCCGUACCAGGGUUACGACGUCGAGGAUAACGACCUGCGGCCGUACGAAGCCGAGAUCGACGAGUUCCAUCCGAAGGCGACGCGGACGCUGUUCAUCGGUAACCUGGAGAAGGACGUGACCGCGUCAGAUCUUCGGAAGCAUUUCGACCAGUUCGGAGAGAUCAUCGAGAUCGAUAUUAAGAAACAGGGUGCAGUGAGUUCGUACGCGUUCUGUCAGUACAGUGACAUAGUGAGUGUGGUGAAAGCGAUUCGGACUAUGGACGGUGAACAUUUGAACAACAACAGGAUCAAGUUGGGGUUUGGCAAGUCGAUGCCGACGCCAUGCGUCUGGGUCGACGGUGUCAGUGACAGUGUGAACGACAAGUACCUGAAUAUGCAGUUCGAUCCGUUCGGCAGUGUCGUGUCCACCUUCUGCGACAGGGAGAAGGGCCAGGCGUUGAUCUUCUACGAUCAGGUGGUGAACGCGCAGACGGCUGUGAACAAGAUGCGGGGCAUGAGCCUCAGGGGCAGAAAGAUCCAGGUCGAUUUUGCUAGUCGCGAGUGCCAGGAAGCGUUCUUCGAGAACUUGGAGAAGCAAGGACUCAUCUUCGAAAGACCAGGGAUCGAUGACCGACGGGACACCUCGUCCAGGACUUUUGAGAGCAUAAGCUCCAGCAGAUUUUCAAGCAGAUACGAGACGCCGACGAGGCCUAGGACCGCUUCGUACAGCAGCAGGUCAGGAGCUGCAGGGGGCACCCAGUGCAACGCGACAGGAGCGGUGCCGUCACCAGGAACGCCCGGUUCGGCGACUCCUAGGGGCACCGGUGCUAGAUCUCGCCUCACCCGCUACGAUUACUACGAUCAGAAUAGCGCUGCCGACUAUCCUGAGAGACACUUUCGGAACUACGACGAGUACAGUCAGGGCAGCGGGGCAUCGCAUGAGGACACCUACGAGCACGAGUACGCUUAUCACGAGAGUCCUUCCUCCCAUCUGGAGCCGAUAGAGACCAAAUUUCCACCGGUCGAGCACGUAAUCGUUCCGUUCGUCCAGCCGGAUAUUCGCAACCUGCAGAAGGAACGUGUGUUACUUCUAGAGCAGCUCGAGGAUUGUCCCAGUUCUGGCGAUGAAGUCGGCCCCAAGAAGAGGUUGAAGUUGGAGCACAUGGAUGGAACGAUUUCGAGCGAAGUUAUAAUCGAAGCGAACAGAGACCAUCGGAAGGUGAUGGAGGUGAGGCGGUUCGACGCGAACUUUAAGCAUAUUUCGCGGAGGCCUAGCGUGGACGGCCGGCUCGGCGCGCACGAGCGUGGAUACCUUCCUCACGCGGUCUGCAAACGACGAAAGACAGCGGGAAGUGACAGUGGCCGAGUGCAUCAUUACGAGAGUUCGGAAAGUGUCGGUGGUUCGCGACCGGGUACGCCUCUGUGCGACGAGAGGCCCGAACAUUUCGCGCCUACGGAACCUCGACGGAUACCCAGGGAUCGUGAGGGCCCUCUGACAUUGCCGUUGCCGCGGUUUGCGUCUCUCGUGAUGGGCAAAGCGAGCAUUUCGAUAGCGGGCAUCAAGGGCCAGAAGGAGAACGUGCUCUCCAGUCCGCCGCCGGCCGUCACCAGUCCUCGCAUAUCCAACGCGAAACCGCCUAGUCCGACGCCGGUGCCGCCGCCCGCAUCGCCCCCUCCGAGGCCUCCAUCGCUCAGCUCGAACUCUAGCGACAGCGAUGGAGCGUCGCCGUCGCCCUCGCUGGAGGAGCGCAUCAAAUCGUUGGACGAGAAGUACGAGAAGUGGUCGGGUUCGAGGGCGUUGAGCACCGCAGGAGUGGACGCUCUAUCCAAGAUGGACGCGUGUCGUGACCGGUUCCGCUUUCGCCAUAAGCUGCUCGAUCUGGACUUGAAGGAGCUGCAGCCCAGCGAGAUCGUAAAGUCUGUGAUGGCCAAACGGUCGGUGUUCGAUGAGGACUCUAAGCGGCUCGAGAACGUUGGCGAGAAGUACGAGCCGAAGGAUUUCAACCUCUUUCCACGUAUGCCAGUCCAAACUACAGUACCUGCAUCAUCCUCUACAUUGGCAACGCUACCUCUACUAAAGGUCUGCACGACCCCGACGAUGCUGUCACCGCGCGCAACCCCUUCGACUCCGACGCUGACGACUGUUCCUGCGAUGACGGCAGCGGCAUUAGCCGCGGCAGUUUCAUCGACGAUCGCACCGGUGGCGACGACACUGCUCUCAGCCGGAGUGUCAGCAAUGCCCACGGAAGAGGGUAGCAACAGCAGUAGCAGCAGCAGCAGUACGAGCAGUCGGGCAGCAGCAGUUUUCGCUACGGCAGCCAAGGGGCUUCAAUAUCCGUUUCCAACGCAUCCGCCGAUGCAGCCGUCUCCGACUGCUCCCCAACCGCCCCUACCGCAACCGCCCAUUUGUACAACAACAACAACAACCCCGCGGUCUACGCACGGUGACUCAAACAGACUCAAACCGUGCACGAACGCCGCCCCCAGUGACAGUUGGACACCUAGUAAAGUCAGUGUAAAUAAGAGUGCAAAAGUGAACACAAAUAACAAUAACUCCUCAUCAUCGUCAUCCUCUUCCAACUCUUCAUCUUCGUCGUCGUCGUCGUCCUCCUCCUCUUCAACGGCAAAUAGUGAACACAGUAAUAAUAGUAAUAACAAAAACGCGAACAUUCCGCCGCUACCGCCUCCGCCUCCGCCACCGCUGCCACCCACAAGACGGGACAGCAGCGACAAACAACCGCCUCCACCGCCGCUGCCACCUCCAUCCUCGCAGCACUCGCUACGGCACUCCUUUGACCACGACAAUUGUGAUAACGAUAAGGUCCACGACAAGGACCCGCCAACUCGAAGACUGUCCGAAUACGAGAAUGUCAAAGAGAAAGAAGAGAAGGAAGAACGUGAACGCAAAGAGAAAGAGGAGAAGGAACGCGAGGAUCGGGAACGGAAAGAGAAAGAAGAUCGGGAUAGGCGGGAACGCGAAGAGCGUGAACGCAAGGAGCGCGAGGAGAAGGAGAAACGCGAAAAGGAGGAACGCGAUCGGAAGGAACGUGAAGAGCAGAUCGAGAAGGAAAGGGAAAGGCGACGAGAGGAGGAACGUCGCAAAGAAGAUAUGGACAAGGAGAGGCGGAAGGAAGAGAAACGCCGGGAGGUCGCGGAAGCAGCUGCCGAGAGGAAACUCCAACAGCAGCAGCAGCAGCACGAGGAAGAAAAAGAUAUGGCAGUUGAAAAAGAACGUCGCCGAGACGAAAGAUAUGACAAUCACGAAAAAAGGCACCGCGAAAAUCACAGUGAGACGACGAAACACAAUAAUGUGGAUUCAUCGAAAAGUCACAGAACCAAAGAACCGGAGAGGCGCAAGGACCACCAUAACAACACGUUGAAUCGAAGUUCCUUGGAGAUUCGUGAAGGUAAAGACCGACCGCAGGACUCCAAAGACAGGCAGUCGGAAUCGUCGAAGGAUCGUCACUCGGAGUCAUCUACCAAGUCCGCUCUCGAGGUGCGUGAAAGUCGUCACUCUGUGGACGGUAGCAGCAGCAGCAAUAGCAGCAGCAACAUCAACAAAGACCAAAGGAUGCUUUUCGAAUCUUCUAGACACUACGAGCAUCAACACUCAACUGAUAAAGAACGAGGCGAACCGAAAUCGCUGUUUGAGUUGCGAGAUUCAAAGGAGCGCUCUUCCGUGGACAGCAAGGAAGAGGAUAGAAAGUCGUCUCGGAAAGAGAGGAACAACAGUUUACCACCGAUCGGCAGCAAACGCCGGAUAAGCUCGAUAGACUCAUUUGACUCGUCAGAAGAACCGAAAAAGAUGAAGGUGGAUGGACACUCCAAGAAGAUCGGUUCUGAACGGAGAGAUUCGAAGGAUAAGAAGCACAAAGACAAGAAUUGCGAUAGAAAGCACAAUCAUGUGAGCAGCAGCAGCAGCGGAGGCGGCAAGGAUCGGGACCGAGAGCACAAGAGGAUCAAGUCGGAGAGGAAACUGAAAAGAAGCAGGGAAUCUCCACCGACGCCAAAUCAAACGGUAACUCCGGUCCCUCCUGUUGUACCGACUACGACUUCGACGUCUACACCGACUCCCACCUCGACUCCGACCCCGACUCCAACAUCGACGUCAACAAUAUUCAAAGAAUUGGCCUCGAUGGACAAGGAGUUUAUGGCCAGGCUCGAAUUGGUGGAAGUCGAGAAACAGAAGCAAAUGCUGCAGCAGCGCAAAGAGAGGGAUAAGCGUGAAUACGAGGAGCGCAAGAAGGAAGGUGUCAUCAAGCAGCAGCAGCAGCAACACCAGCACCAACACCAACAUCAGCAUAUGCAGCACCAGCGGGAGGACACCCCGAAAAGCGGUUCCGACGAGAGGAAGCGUAUUCGAAAAAUGACCAACAGUUCGGACAAUAAUUCGGACUCAGAUGAGCCCAAGAAACAUUCCAUUUUCGAUAUCGUCGACGAUGAACCUGCGUACAUCUCGAUGUACGACAAAGUGAAGGCGAGGAGUUGCAAGAACAUGCAGAAACAGGAGGAGGAGAAACGUCAGGAAAAGAUCAAAGCCAAAUUCAGUCAGCUGAAGCAGAGUCGCGCCAAACGGGAAGAAAAGAAACGAUCCACCUCUUGGGACGAGGACUCCGAUUCUGAUCCGUGCGAGACGAGCAGACGCAAAUCCAGAAUGAACACCAUCAUUAGUUCAGAUGAGGACGAUGAUCACGGAGACUCUUCCAAGCAGAUGACCAAAAAGGAGAUGUUCAGCGAUUCCGAUUCCGAUAACAGAAUUAGACAGAUCAAAUCGGAGGCGGCACUCGACAGCAGCGACGACGACCAUCAUCACAUCAAACGAAGAGCAUCAAAACAUCUGAUCAUCUCUGACACCUCCGAUGACGAUUACAACAAGAUAACACGAGAGACAAUCAAAUCUGACCUCUUCUCCGACAACGAAGACCAAGGAUUCGCAGAUAGCGAGGAGAAAUACAAAUUAAAGAUUAAAGACGAAGACUUCGAAACCAAGUACAAAGAUAUAAAGGACUUUUCUCCUGUCGAGGUGAAAGAGGAGGAGGAGGAGAGUAAGUUCAACAACAGACGCAUCUACGACAACUCGUCCGGUGACGAAAUCAAAGUGGAAAUCCGGAAAAAGCACAAGAAAAAGCAGAAACGUCAGAAAAACUCGCAGUCUGGCGAGGAAAGUUCCAAGGUGGACGACGAGGAUAGGAGUAAGAAUUCCGAGAAGCGCAAACAACACAGCAAGAAAGACAAAAAGCGCGAUAAAACGAAAGACCAGAAAAAGUCUAAGAAAAGCAAGAGCGAGAGUAAAGACCGGAGGGAUGGCAAAAUGGAGAACAUCUUUGGAUCGUUGUCGGAUGACUCGGAUGGGCAGAAGGAUGAUGAACAGAAAUCAACGGUGUUUAUGGAGUGCAGCGGUAGUACGUUUAAGUUUAACGAAGAAAACACUACGACGACGACGAUGACUGCACCUUAUGCGAGUGAUUCUGAGACGCAAAACGACGAAGCAGCAGCAACUCUCAAAAUGGAGGAACGAUUGAAAGCUGAGGAGAAGGAGAGGCUGAAAUCCGAGGAGAAGGAAAGAAUAAAAACCGAGGAGAAGGAAAGAAUCAAAUCCGAGGAGAAGGAAAGAAUCAAAUCUGAGGAGAAAGAAAGAAUCAAAUCCGAGGAGAAGGAAAGAAUAAAAACCGAGGAGAAGGAAAGAAUAAAAACAGAGGAGAAGGAAAGAAUAAAAUCCGAGGAGAAGGAAAGAAUCAAAUCCGAGGAGAAAGAAAGGAUAAAGUACGAGGAGAAGGAACGCCUGAAAUCCGAGGAGAAGGAGCGAAUCUUGAGGGAGGAGCACCGGAAACGAAGGGAGAGGAAACGUCGAGAGAAAGAGAAGCAGCGGCUACGGGAGGAACAACAAGCUGCAAACAACGACAACAGCAUGGACUUUGUUGACUUGGGUAAGCAGCUGGAAGACAACAUCAAGGAUGACAGCAACGAAGUUGCCGCCGAUGUCUUACUGAAAACACCGACAAAAGAGGAAACGAAAGAUCCCGAAGAAACACGAUUCCUCGUAGAUGGUGAUCAACAGCUUAAACAGCAACCUCACCAUCAUCAUCACCACCACCAUCACCAAAAAGAGCAGCAGCAACAGCCGCAACAAGAGGUGAAGGAGAGAAAGGACAAGGAAGAAAGGAAGAAAAAGAAACGAAAGAAGAGCAAAGACGAAAAGCAGAGGCACCAUCAUCACCAUCAUCAUCACGAUAAGAACAAAGUGAAAUCUCCGGAAAUUAUUAAGAAGGAAUCACGGGUGGAGGAUGAUGAAGACGCUGUUGUGGUUGUCAAAAUGGAGGAAAAGCAUUGCGCUCCGAGUAUAUUCGAUAGUCCGCCAAUCGUAAAGUCUUCAUCCACCAGUCUUUUGGAAAUUAACAUUUCGCCGCAGAUCCGAGAACCUCUCAUCAGUCCAAUUCCAAAAACACCGACAUCCUCCAAGGAAAAGAAACGAGACAAAUUCAUUGCCGCUUUCGGCUUGGACAUGGACGAGAAGAUCCACGAGAACGCUGUCAAAUCCAUCUCGGACUUCGAUCUGAAACUGCCGUCAGAGUCUUCGGCGAAAUCACCGGAACCUGAUUCUAAGAGCGAAAAAGUGGAAUUGCCCGAGGAAAAACCGCGUGUCGUUAUUUCGCAAGAGGAAACUGAAGAUGCGGUCGCAGCUCUUCUCGGUGAAAGCUUCAGCAGCGGUCAAUUUGAAGAAUGCUAUACCGAACCACAGAGUCCACCGCUGGAGGAUAGCAACGCACAGGACGACGAGGAAAUGAGGCAAGCGGUGCAAAGUCUGAACACGAACGAGCUCGAAAUUAAGCCGGACACUCCGCAGAGCGAGCACGACCUGCAAAUCGACACAGACACCGAGGAGCAGGACGAGGUGAUCGGAAGCGGAAGCACCAUCACCAGCGGUCUGCGCUACGAAACACCCAAGACGCCGGAAAUGCUUGAUUUCUCGCAACCGCCAAAGACACCAGACAUUCCGAGCUACUAUCGCAAGGACGAGAAGAGCAUGCCGAAUAUCGGCAGUCCGCCGUCUCUGACUCCCAUCAAGGUAACCGAGACCACCAAGAGGAGCGUCGAAGAGAAGAUAAGAAAUUUCAACGUGAUGCAAACGACGUCCGUGGUUGUAACGGCACCGACAGCGAUCCCCGCCACAAAGGUGGCAGCAGUGUUCAAAGAGGAUCCGCCUCCAUUGAAGCCAGUCAAAAUGCAUAAUUUGCCAGCACAGAUGCCGUUCCCACCGGUCCCAUCGAAGCCAGAAUCCAAGGCCAAUCCGACGCAGGUCUCGACGUUGAAUAGGCUCUCGAUCACGACGACGCCCGUCGUUGUCUCGAAGCCGCCGCCCAUACAACUACCUAUGCCAACCACCAUACCGGUCGUGCCGCCGCCACAGACCAAACCGAUGCAGCAACAGCAGCAGCCUCAGCAGACCCAGAUACAAAUGCAACAGCAGCAACACCAGCAACUGCAACAACGGACGACCGUGUAUCCUCCACACAGUUACAUUCCACCGCCAGUCAGGCAACUUAAAUCGCCGCCCGGUUUGGUUGUCACCACCACCCGUCCGAACUACAUGCAACAGCAAUUCGAGGGAAACAAAACUGUGAGGAGCAGCGAACCACCUAAGCUGAUCUCAACGAAACCGUCGGCCACGCCACCGCCGCCGUCACCGAUGCAGUCGCAACUGCCAACGCUGCCACCGACACCUGCGUUGAUCGUAACGCAAGUGACCAAGCCAUCGAUACAAGCUAAGCAGUCGUUGCCUCCGCAGCCGAUGACACCAUCUCCGACGACUCCGGCUACCAUCACCACUACCAAGACACCUGUCAUCACGAAGACCAUCUGCAGUCCACCGCCGGUGCCGCACGUCACCCAGAUCAAAUCACCUGUGAUUACGUCUACUGCUGCACAGAUAAAACAACAACCAUUGGUUACAAUCCAGAAACAGCAGAAAAUGCAGAACAUGCCGACUCUCGGUGGAAUCAAAUCCAGCAUACUGCCCACUGCCAAUCAAACGAUAACGAUAAAACCGCAAUUGCCGGUUAUGAGCCAACAGCAGAAGAGCGUAGUUCAAACGGUACAACAUCAACAGACAUCCUUGCAGCAGAUAAAGCAGCAGCAACAACAACAACAAAUCAUUAUGAGUCCAGCUGCACAAUUAAAACCGAUUAUUUCGCAACAGCAGCAGCAACCGCCACCGUUGAUUGCGAAACCAACAUCGUCACAACUGCUAAUUAGUGGAGCAAAGCCUCCUGGAUCUGCACCGCUGCCCAACCUCACCAGUUUCUUGGUCAAACCUGCUCCGGUGCCGCAGACAACGAUGCUUCAACAUCACCAUCAGCUACAGUCGCAUCAGCAGCAGACGCCGCCCAUCACUACGUUGGUUCACGUGAAACCUCAGAUACCAGCCAUUGUUACGAGCAUAUCGACUGUUCAGAAUCCAGCCAGUCUUGUACCAGCCACGAAGAAGUUGACAACAGUCCCGUUGCAGCAGAAUACGCCUUCGCUGAUGCUCAAACAAUCGUUGUUGCCGUCGGCUGUACCACCAACAUCAUUACCAUUACCAGCACCACAACCACCGAUGACUUCGGCUGCUGCAGUGGCCGCCAUCAGCUACUCGUCGAUCAGCAAACCCAUGGUGCUCUCCGGCUACGGAGUGACCCCACCACCGCUGAUCAACAAAUCUGUAAAAUCGCUACCAUUAGUAUCGACGCCUGUGGUCAAGGUAUCUCCAUCGGCUAUACAAGUAUCGGCCACUCCAACGAUCAACUGUAUCCCACUAACGCCGUCACCAAUGCCAGUGCCGUCGGCUGCAUCUGCUGCGGGAAUGUCAACAGUGAACCAGCAGCAUGCGUCAACGGUGCAGACAGCGCCGCAGCCGUCUCCAGCCAUCAUCAUCUCGACGUCGAAACCACCGCCGUUCAUGCCGGUUAUCCAGGAGGCACCCAAGUUGGCUGCAUUGACGCUACAGCCGCCGCCGCCACCGUCGCCGAUGCAAAAACAACCACUGCCACCGGUCAUACAAAUGCAACAACAACAACAUCUGCAAAUUGUGACACCGUUGCCCGUGCAGCAACAACAACCGACGACACCGUCUUCGGUAUUGCCGAUAAUUGGUGGCAGCGUUGUCAAGGUAAAAGAGGUCGUGUCCUGUGAACAACACAGCACUAAACCAACGAUAGAGUGCAAGAACACGUUGACAGUGGUCACGGCCGUUCCGACCAGAACAUCGACUCCGAGUCCGGUGAUCGUACAGACUCCGAAGGAACUCGAGAAACCCAUUGCGGAAGAGGCCGCUAAAUCAUUGGCCAUAGAACAGGUCACCGAAGAGUUGAAUUUGCUGCUGAAGCACGACGAAAUCAAACCAACGCCUGCGGCGAUAGUGGAAACGGCUGCGAAGAGGAAAGAACGAACAGCGUCGUCAUCGUCCGAACAUCCGGAGGUGAUUUCGGUGAUCAAAGAAGUCGAGAAGUUUGACGAGGAAAAAGCGGAUACGGAAAGCAUUGUAUCGGACAUCAGCAAGGAGAGACUGAGCGCUGAUAUUAAGGAGGACGCUCUCGAUUCGAAGGAGGAUAGCGACUAUUGGUCCGCCAAAGAGGUCAACAUCGACUCCGUUAUUAAGAAGGUAGACGCCCUUUGUUCGGCGGACGAGUUGUCUGAUCGCAGCAGCGACGUCGGCAAGGACGAAUGGCUUGAUGAUAAAUUGGUGAAGGAAGAAAAGGAGAUCAUCGAGCAGCAAAUCGUAGAGAAAAUGGAGGAGAAGCACGAAGAAGAACUCUUGCAACUGGAGGAUGAGAAGGAAGUGGCGGCGAUUAGAAGUGGCAGGAGAGGUGGCAGAAUGGCGAGGGGCAGGAGAGGACGAGGUGCUGCAGCCGCCGCAGCAGCAGCAGCAGCCGCAGUCUCUGAUCGUAGCGGUGUUCAAACACGUCGCGGUAAAGUCAAGGAAGUGACAACGACGAGAGGACGCGGCCGCGGAGGUCGCAUCAAGACCGAUCGCAAACUCACCAAAUCCGAGUCCGAGACGAACGACAUCUACGAGUUCCGCGACGACAGCGACGAGAGCAACAAGGACAGGCCUCGCCUGAUACUGACAAUCAAGUCGCCGGCAAUCGCCAACAGCAACGGAAAUGCCGCCGUCAUUAAGGAGGUGGUGCAACCGCCGCCGCCUCCAGAACCUAAGGAAGAGUUUGCUUCGCCUGCAAACACCAGGAAGUCCAGGCGGCUGCAAGAGAAAGACGUGGCCAGGAACACCGUAGACGACACCAUCGAGGACGUCGUCAAGAACACGGUACUGACCAGAGCUGCUGCUGCAGCCGUGGUGGGAACCAGGAGGUCUGCACGUCAACAAACCGCAAACCCCAGGGUGAUUCCGGAAACGCUCAAGAAGUCACCUAGAGGUGGUAGCAAGAAGAAGGACCGCAGGGCUUCCGAAACUACGGACGAUUCCAGCGAAGAGAAGGCGAUCAAGAACGAUGUCAUUAGUAUUCGUGAGUUACCGGCACCGCAGCCGCAACCCACCGAAGAACCAGCCAAGCUGGUGGAAGUACCGGCGCUGGUAUCGUCACCUCAGCCCCAGCUACAGCCGCCGCCGUCCAAAGUCACCGAGGUACGGGAGAAACCACACGAAGGUUUAAAAGCGGCAAUGUUGCGCAGGGUCAAGGGAGAAAUGAAUCAGGAACCGAUGACUUUGAUAGAUCCGGUCACUGGUUUGUUGACUCCCAUGAGGGAAUGCGAAGAAGGAAGGUACAUACCUCUAGCAUCUCAGCAACAGCAGCAGCAGCAUCAACAACAAUUACAACUGAAUGAUCAGAAGCAGAAUAUGGUGAUGUCAGCGGGUUCUGCUCAACAGCAUUUGCUCCAGCUCCAUAUUCAGCAACAGCAACAACAGCAGCAACCAGAUGUUCUUACAAAAGUGGUCAUCAAACCGAACAAACCGCAAUCGCUGAAAGCCCAUGUACUGUCGAAAGCGGUUGCUCAGCAACAGCAGGCAUCUGCACCCACGAUCAACGUUCCCCUGUCGUCGUACCAAGCGACGCCCAGUAACAUCAGUCCACGUCUUAUUGUGCAGACGAACAUCGGUCAACAAAAAACGCCUAUCAAUAAGGGCGUCAUCCAACCGCCCGUCUCGCCAAAUCAUCAAGUUUUGAUCAGCAAGCAGCAACCUCAGCAGCAGCAGCAGCCGCAACCACCUCCACAAUCGUCGCAACCUAUGAUGGGAAACGCUCAAUUGAUGGCCCACAAAACACAACAACCUCCUCAGAUCCAGGUAUCCGGACAGCAGCAGCAAGUGGUUGGCAAGAACAUUCCGAUCUUGAAGCAGCAACAACAACACAUCAUGGUUGCGAGUCCACCGCUGAAGCAGCAUCUGCUGUCGAUGAAUGCGGCCACGACUGCGUCAGCCGUUCAACCGCAGCAGCAGUCUGUUAUUCCGCACCAGCAGCAGCAGCAACAUGCUCAACAGAUCCGAAAGACGGUCAUGGAUACGCCCAAGGUGGAGGUAUCAAUGGCAGGAUGCGUGAUGGUCUCCAGACCCAACGAACGUCUGGUGGCAGCAGGACCCUAUGAAGCUUCUCUGCAGCAUGGAGACCGGAGCCAAUUUAAUAGGAGUCCACCGCCCGCUCAUCAACAAAAUUCCCCCUCGCCGCAGGGCGAAGGAAUUCCACAUUAUCCAGCUUCCGUUGCGGCGCAGCUUCGGCCUCCUCCGGAGAUGACUUCCCACCAUUACAUGCAUCCCAUGUACAGGCAAUACUUGAGGCAGCAAUCGUACCACAUACCCAGAUCGCAGAUGAUCGCUGGCGGCUUGGAAAAGGUCGGCGACGGUCAGGAGGGCGAAGAGGCGCCCGUCACUUCACCGCAUUUGGAGGAUCUGAGAAGACCCGGAUCUGUCGGUGGGAUGCAGCUGAGCGGACGGUCCAGCGCCGUGCCGCAUAGCCUCCAAUCGCCGCACGAUCGAGCUACAGAUUCUCCGCAGGUGGCUCAAGUGUACAACAUGCUGCCAACACGGAUGCAGUACACGCCCUACUACGAACCAGGCGAGCCGCCACCAGCGCACCGACCCAUCCCGCAUGGUACGCUGGCGGCUUUGGGAAGCGAACGACCACUUCGGAUGACGCUUGGCGCUACGUCGGAUCGUCCGCCACUCGGCCAUCUCGCCGCAUUAACACCAGGUGUGGAGAGAGGAGGCGCUGGUCCACCUCUGGUCACAGAUCGGCCGCCCCUCGGUACCGCCCAUCUUCCCGACAGACCGAUAUCCACCGCCACCCACAUGCCGGACACCAUGGCUACCACCCAUCUGCCACCGGAACACGGCAUGACGGGAUUGGGUCUUGGGGCGGCCGGAAACAUAAUGGGGGCGGUGGCAAGGCACGGGGCUGAUGCUCCGACCACGCAGCGCGGCCUCCAAGCUGCAACACCGCCUCAUGCCAGCCAAGUGCCGCCGCAGGCUGAGAGUCUGCUCAUGUUGCUCAAGCAAUACCCUCUGAUGUGGCAAGGCUUGUUGGCUCUAAAGAACGAUCAAGCCGCCGUCCAGAUGUAUUUCGUGUCAGGAAACGACUCGGUUGCCAAGAUGAGUCUGCCGAAGAACACCGACGGUUCUACCCCGCCCCUCAGGAUCUUCCAGAGGAUGCGAUUGGAACCGCCACAGGUCGAAGGUGUAGCAAGGAAAAUGCAGAUGGAAAACGAGCACUGCAUGUUGCUGGCGCUACCCUGCGGACACGAUCACAUGGACGUACUUAAACAAUCGACAAAUCUCUCCAACGGAUUCAUCACCUAUUUGCAACAGAAGCAGGCGGCCGGCAUCGUCAACGUUGCCGCUCCGGGCACCACCCAACCGCCGGCAUACGUUGUUCAUAUAUUCCCGUCCUGCGAUUUCGUGAACGAAAACCUGCGGCGGAUUGCGCCCAGCCUGCUGGAGCGCGUAGCAGAUAUAGCCCACCUUUUGAUCGUCAUCACGACCGUGUGAUAGCUAGAGAACGUCAGCGGCGAUCAUCGUCAGGACCCAGGCGGCACCAUCGGAGACACGGAACAAAGGGAGGGAGGCAGAGACGUCAUCGUCGCAGACGGCGGCAGCAGCGGCGGGACACAGUGCCCGGACCCCUCCCCAGCGAUCCUUCUCAAAAUCGAAAUUCAGUCGAGGAACUUUACCUGCUACCUUCCAACAAGAAGGAAGUAACAUACACAACCACAACCAACCAACCGAACAAUCAUCGAGAAGUACGGAUGUUUUUUUGUUUUGUUGUUGUCGUUGAUGAUGAUGAUGAGAUGAUGAUGAUGAUGCUGCUGAUGAUGAUAAUGAUGUUGGUGCUGCUGCAUUCCGCUGUUGUUGGCAGUGCGAACGAAGCCCGAAGAAAGAAGGGAUUCGUCGACAGCAGCGAGUCAUUAUACUACCACGACCAUCCAAUCACCACAAACACAAACCCACCUCUGGGAAGAAAAGAAAAUAACAAAGUAAAUUGGUGAGACAAAACAAACCUUACGAAGAAGAAGAAGAAGAAUCAAAGAAUCAAAGAAUAAGAA